AUGCACGCGCUCGAGCGAAGGGACCUUCGGCGGGGAAAGCGAGCGUGGAUUCGAAGCCUUUGCCCGCGUGGUGGGUUGCGCCGACGCCGCAGUAUGUGCCGCCAGGUCGAAAAGACGAGUUGAUCCUCACGGCGAAGGCCGAGGGCUCCAAGCUCGCUCGAAACCGCGUGAGUGGCGUUGGAUUUAGUGCGGACGCCAUCGUCGAUUUCAGGAAUGCGUGCGCCGCGGCGGGCGAACGCGGAUGCGCGGUAAAAUCUGUCGGUCCGGAGAGCGCCAGAGUUGCCGUUUUCCGCGCGGCGGCUGACAUCGCGGUGUCGGACGCCCUUAGGGGCCAAGCGGGAGCGAUGAGCUCGUUCGGUGCCCCCGUUGGAUCGUUCCUCGUUGGCCUUGCGGAUGACUUGGAGCUCGAAGCGCACAAGUGCGUUUCCAUCGUCAUGGCGGAUGUCGCGGUACGCGUGAGAGGCGUCGUCAUUCAAGCCAGCGCUGGCUUACGAAGCAACGACUCCGUGGCCACCAUACUCGAGCUUGACAAGCUCGUAAAUUUGUUUAACGCGUUUCCGUUCGCUGCGGACGCCGCCGAG